AUGGACGAUCAGGCCGCUGCGCAAAAGGCUCAGGUCAUCGCCGCCAUUGAUGAUGCCACCAACAGGGCUAAGUUGGAAAUUGACAAGCUUCCGGAUGCCGUUCGGCCCGCCGCGGCUGAUGUCUACGUCACGGGCGCGAGCUACGUCGCUGGAGUUCUUAAUACGUUUAUGAGCGCCGUCAAGAGCGUUCUGGGCAAGCUCGCUGAUUUCAUCGGUGGCAUUUUUAGCAGUGUCACCGACGCAUACAAUGCAGUCAAGGAUGCCGUCAGCGGUGCGCUCUCCGCGAUUGGGGGCUUUUUCGGUGGCAUUUUCGAGGCCGAGCCAGAGAAAAUGCUGACCGGUGCUCUUAACGGAGAUCCCAACGCUCCUAUGACGAACAGUACCCCGGAAGGUUGCUACACAGGCCUGCUCGCCUGGCCGAGCUCAAUCAAACUCACAGCUGCCUCUCGUGCGCUGGGGUACGUGCAGGAUAUACUUUUGGACAAACGAUAUGAGAUCACAGAUGACGAGAUCAAGAAGGAUAAGAGGGCCGUUUCCAGCAAGACUGUGUUCAGCCCUUCGAAGGGGACUGCGAGCGCGGAGCCAUUGAAGAGGGUCUGGUAUGAGGUUGUUGGCUCGCUCGGAAAUGACGGACAUUAUAUUCCAUACAUUCCAAGUAAGGUGACCGUGCAUGCGUUCUGA